AUGUUUCCGCAAUUGUCACUAAUUUUUCUUUUCUCUCUCGUUGUAAUCCACCCUUUUCAUGUCUCGGCCAAGACAUGGUGUGUGGCAAAUACAUCGGCGGCAAGUACACUACUACAAGCUAAUAUUGAUUGGGCAUGUAGUGAAGGAAAAGUUGAUUGUGUAAUGAUCAAUCCUGGUGGACCUUGCUUUGAUCCAGAUACUGUUAUUAGUCAUGCAUCGUUUGUGAUGAAUGAUUUCUAUAGAAAUCACGGGAGCACUGAAGAGUGUAAUUUUAGUGGUACCGGUCAAGUCGUUACUUUUGAUCCAAGUUAUGGUGGUUGUGUGUAUACGUAG